UUUGAAUUUUUUAAAUUUUGUUGAGAACCUCAAGAUGGUGACAUUAGACAUUAAACAUUAGACUUUUUCCAAAUUAUCAUUAAUAUUUAUUUUCCUACCUAAAGAAGCCUUGUUCUGCCGGAGAGUUCUUCCUUUUAAAAGGGAGUUUUUCCUUCUCACUGUCACCAAGUGCUUGCUCACAGGGGGCCGUCUGAAGACCGUUGUUGUGAUUUAAAGCUACAUAAAGAAAAUUGAAUGGAAUACGUUUUCUUAUAAUAUUGAGAUGUGCAUUUAGGCAAUCGUAAAGAACCCUUUCAAAAGUUUCUGGAUGUGGAUUGAAUCCAAAGCGCAGUGGUUCGAGCCUCACUGCAAGAACGUCCCUGACUUGGAUAAGUGGAAGAAAAUGGAUGAAUGGACUGAAUCCAGAAAGUAAUAAAGAAUGUCAUGAAACAGAAAGGCCACACCGCUUACAAACUCAUCUCUUUGGUCUUUUCAUGGUAGCUGAGUUUAGAAAAAUUGGCGAAAUUACCAACAAUAUGUUCGAAGGCUUGCAGAUGAGUAUUUUUGUAAAUACGCAGGUGUUGCAGAGGUUGCCAGUUCCGAUCCCAAUAAUCUAUAAAAAGCAUGUCAUCUAUAGAUUUCAGGAGGUUGGGAUGCAUUUAAUCAUCUGCCCAGUCCUUGUGUCGCCUCAUUUCAUGGUUGGUAUCGUUUUCAAUCACUGAUCGUUCGGAGCUGUCAUGUGGGAUGAGUUUGGUCGUUUCCUCGGCGUUUGAUUCGUGUUUCUCUCGCUCAGGUAAACGUAAAGCCCUGAAGCUGAACUUUGCCAAUCCUCCCAUCAAACCCAUGACUAGAUUCACACUGAACACGGCCGGGCCGCCCUUCCAGAACCCUCACAUAGAGAGGCUGAGGACACACAGCAUCGAGUCCUCGGGAAAAUUGAAGAUCUCCCCAGAGCAGCACUGGGACUUCACAGCCGAAGAUCUCAAAGAUCUGGGCGAGAUCGGCCGAGGAGCUUACGGCUCCGUCAACAAGAUGGUGCACAAGCCGAGUAACCAGAUCAUGGCGGUCAAGAGGAUUCGAUCAACAGUUGACGAGAGAGAACAGAAGCAGCUGUUGAUGGACUUGGACGUGGUUAUGAGAAGUAGUGAUUGUCCUUACAUCGUGCAGUUUUAUGGUGCUCUGUUCAGAGAGGGGGACUGCUGGAUUUGUAUGGAACUUAUGGCUACCUCGUUAGACAAAUUUUACAAGUUUGUAUAUGGCUCAUUAGAUGAUGUGAUUCCAGAAGAAAUAUUAGGAAAAAUAACUUUAGCUACUGUGAAGGCGCUUAACCACUUAAAAGAAAACUUGAAAAUUAUACACAGAGACAUUAAGCCGUCAAACAUCCUCCUGGACAGGAACGGCAACAUAAAGCUGUGUGACUUUGGCAUCAGCGGUCAGCUGGUGGACUCCAUCGCCAAAACCAGAGAUGCCGGUUGCAGACCGUACAUGGCGCCGGAGAGAAUAGACCCCAGCGCGUCCCGGCAAGGUUACGAUGUCCGCUCAGAUGUCUGGAGUUUGGGAAUCACACUGUAUGAGCUGGCCACGGGACGGUUUCCCUACCCAAAGUGGAACAGUGUGUUUGAUCAGCUGACUCAAGUGGUGAGAGGAGACCCGCCGCAACUCAGCAACUCGGAGGAGAGGCGCUUCUCCCCCAAAUUCAUCGCCUUUGUCAAUGUGUGCCUUACAAAGGAUGAAUCAAAAAGGCCAAAGUACAAAGAGCUGCUGAGAGAUCCGUUCAUUCAGAUGUACGAGGAGCGCUCAGUCGACGUAGCCGGUUACGUCUGCAGGAUCCUGGAUCAGAUGCCGGCCUCUCCCAGCUCCCCCAUGUAUAUGGACUGAUAGCAAGAUGAAACAGGAACUCCUCCAUAAAUAUAAACCACUCUGCAAUGACAGCAUCAAAAAGAGAUAACUAAGUAAUUAAAAAAAAAAAAAAAAAAGUCCUUGUGUAAAUUUGCUCGGUCCCAUUAUUGCAGUGUUAAAAAGAGAAUUGUAAAGCCUAAAAAAAAAGAAAAAAAAAAAGCACCACGUGCAGUAAAAGUGGUGUCCUUUCAGUCAUUUCUGUAUAUUAACACACUUCUGUUUCUUUCUUGUUCACAAACGCACAGACGCACAGUCACCUAAAUAUUAAUAGCAGCUGAAUCAAUCAAUCAUGACUCGUCCUGAUCAGGAUACAUCUCAGUGAUUUAGUAACAGUGAUUUUAAAGAGAGGAGAAAAAAAAACAAACCCUGGAACUUGUAUUUAUAGAACCAAAAAUCGUGGAGACUCUUCGACAUACUGGAAUUAUGCUCUUUGUGAAAUGUUCCCACCUCUUCAUGUAACGAAAGCAUCGUGUUUGGUAUCUUAAUGGAACUGUGCUUCUCUGGGUAUAAAGCAGUUUAAAAGUGUUGGUAGUCAGUCAUGUUGGACCCGCAGUCCACUCAGUGCUCGCUGUGCAGUGGACUCUAAGCUGAUUUAUGAAUAAAGAGAGAGAAGGUUAAA